CCCCAGGUCACCAUGGACUACAUCCGCGAGUUUGACAUUCGCCUGGAGAAGGAGAUGUACUACGCGGGCGAGACGCUGGCCGGGCAGGUCAUCCUCGACACCAUCGAAAACUUCAAACUGAGAGCGAUCCGGGUGGUGCUUCGGGGGAAGGCCCACGCAGAAUGGAAGGUGGUGGUCAGUGGCGACAAACGCACCGUCAAAGACGACCAGUACUUCAUCGACGAGCGAGCCACCAUCUGGGGAAAAGACAAACCGGAGGGGAACGUGCCGAUUUUGCCACGCGGGUUCCACACGUUUCCAUUUCGAUUCCAGCUGCCAGAGAGCUCCCUGCCGUGCUCCUUUGAGAGCAAAGCCAGCACCAUUCGCUACUACAUAAAGGUCACAAUAGACAUUCCAUACGCGUCUCCGCCCCAAGGCAUGAAGUACUUCACCAUCAUUGGUCCCCACAUCGACUGUAUGGACGAACAGUACCUGAAACCGAUGGUGGGACAGGACAAGCGGACCAGUUGCUGCUUCUGCUGCAAGCGCGGGCCCGUCUCUCUGCGAACGCAGCUGGAGCGGUCGGCCUAUGUCUGCGGGGAGAGCAUCAAAAUGAAGGCCGACAUCGACAAUCAGGGAGAGGAGGCCGUCCGGCUCAAAAUCCGAUUGGUGCAGUACGUGGAGUACUUUAUCGACCGCGGCGUACUGGGCGUCACCAAGGACCUGCAGAACACGGCGCUGGAGUACCUGGGCGACUGGGUGCCGCCGCUGACCCGGUCCAAGUUCGACUCCGCCAGCAGCCUGGUGGUGCCCGUCAUGCCGCCCACACUGGUCGGCGUCUGCCGGCUCAUGCAGAUCUACUACGUGCUAAAGGUAAACCUGGAGCUGGAGCGCUCCGGAGACGAUCUGCACAUGCACUUUCCGAUCACCAUCGCCACUGUGCCGUUCCGGAUCCCGAACUCGAACCAGCAGCCCAGCAUACACUACGAGGUGGGCUGCGACCACGUCGAGGGAGGCGCCUACAUCGGCCCAGAGUUCCAGCUCGGGCAGGUCUACGACGGCUCAAUAGACCUCAGCGACGCCGUGGUCCUCUACCGGCCUGUUUACGUGUGCGUAAAGCCUCCGCACAGACAAAACGGCACGGGCGGUCAGAGGCCGGCGGCCCCGCAGCGCACGGCAUCUGGCGGCAGCCACGCGCAGACUCGGUACUAGUCGCCGCCGCCAGAGGCGCUGGUGGCGCAAUCAGGGCGGCCUGGCCGUCCGACCGGCGCGGCGGCCGGAUGGUCCGUUCUGUUGUGUUUUGUGUGUGGGCGGGGCAGGGAACAGUCUUCGAUGUAUCUACACAUGUAGCCGCGUCCGCGCGGGCCGCGCCGCCCGGGACAAUGUGUGUGUCGAUUGCUUGGGGGCCGCGCGGGAAGCAUUUUUGAUACUACGAGCCCUGACCAUGUCGACAUGCUACCACAUACAUUGACAUAUACAUAUGCUCUACAUUGUAGGCGAACACGAGCACAAAGGUGUAUAUCUAAUGUUGUCAAAUGUAGUGUGGCCGAUUGUUAUGAGUGGCUUGCAGCGGGUGUGUAUGAAGUCAGUCACAGGGGCGUGGGUUCAUUCCUGUAGGUCAGCUAACGGCGGCUGCCUGCGCCGCGCCGCUGCUGCCGCCGCAGCAUUGCCGUCCCUGGCCAGCGCUAGUCUAUUUUCAGCCCGAUUCGACGUCCGAAGGCCGUAACCCGCCGACGGCGUGUGCUCGCCGUGUGACGCGCCCUCCCCCAGGACCCAUCAGCCCGGCACUUCAGGCCGUCAUUGGCCGCAGUGAUCACACCGAAAAUGAAAUGCUGGUAUUUCCGAGAGGGCGGAUUUCCCUGGGGGAGAAGACCACGGUGCCGGUCCGGUCGGCUGAAAAUAGGAGCCAGUUCUCAUAGGGGCAGCUAAAGCUGCCGCUAUAGAGGCCUUCAGAGCGCUGGGGAAAGGGUCACAAGGUGAGCUGGAGGACGGCCAAUACCAAAUACCCACCAAUCGGCCAGGCCGUAUGAACUCACUGAGGCACCAACGCAUACUCGCGACGGUGACCAAGGAAUUACUGUUAGACAUUCUUUCAGACACCCCUUUAGCACUUGCAACUUAUGCUGUACCAAAACAACAGCUUUCCUUUCAGCAAAUCCUUGCCUCCCUUUCCCGAGGGACGCCCUCUUUGGAUCUCAUUGGACGCCCUCCCCUUCCCCCCAACAUUUUGUCAGUUUGUCGCCACCGGUGGCCACAGGAUUGGCUGUGCCAGCGUCAAACACCGCGCUACGGGCGGGACCCGGCAGCACGGCAGCCGUAGUUGGCCGUAGCUGCGCCCGCGCCGGGAGCCGUAGCGCUCCCCAUGUCGCUCGGUCGCAUCCAUACACAGUCAACGGCAUUCCAUAAAUUUUGUAUGCGUAGCUCUCUCCUCCCGUGUGCGUAGAGCUGUGCUCUCGGCGGCCGACGAGCGGCUUAGGCGGGUUUUAUAAGGCGUUCGUAGCGAGAGAGGACCACCUAAUCAAAACAAUGCCGGUCGCGCGCGCCCCUGCGCCGGUAGUGGUGAACUUGUUUAGCUCACUGUUGUUUGAAUUGUGGCGUGGGGUCGACGGACGGACGGUGGGUGCGCAGAGGACAGGUCACACAGUGACCAUCUGGCAGCCCUGUGGGACGUUCUGGCAGCUCUGGGGGCUGAGUACGGUGUGAACCGGGCUGCAGAGCGGACUGGGCGCGGUGCGCGCACGGGGGACUAUUUUUGAGAUGUGACUAGGGCGCACGUGCUGGCUCACCAGGGGAGGGGGAGGGGGGAUGACGCACUACCAUGCUGGACAUUGGUGAAUGAGCUUAAUAGGGUAUGUUGGACGUUCCAAAAGCGUAUUCGUUUAGUUUCUGGUUAAAAAUGCAUUGUGUUCGUAUUCAGGCAGAAAAUACACUUGUUAAACAGA